AUGGGAAAGCUCAUCAAGAACCACUUGGCCCGUCUUAUCGUCAUGACAGCAGCAACUUCGAACAACCAGUCUGAUUUUGACAUAGAUCACAUCGCUGCCAGCCUCCACGGCUUCUUCUGGCCCAAAUUUUUCUUCGACUUCUUGACAAAGAACUUUGACCCGGCCGUCAAACCUGUACCGAUACUACAGACCAUCAACCUCAUAUUCGGCUUCAUAAAUCUGGCCUGGGAAUGGCCACUUGAGUUCAUCGCCGGAACUGCAAUACAUCGCUCGUUAGAGCUAAGGAUACUGCUACUACCACUGUCAAGCUUGAUGGCUGUUUUACUAUACCAAGGGACCAAUCCCGCGCUGUACUAUAUCAUCGGCUGCGGAGUCUACUUCUGGGCGUAUACGGAAGGUGAGGUAUGUUGUAUCCUCACAGAGUUGACCUGUGGCUAUGCUGACCAGCACAACAGAUAG